UCGGUGAUUUACAAAUGAGGUUGAAAUUCGAAAUAAAACCUACAUAACUUGACCUUGACGAUCAGUCAGUGUCAUCGUCCCGUCACACUAAGUAACUGAAACUCCCAAAUUUGUUUGCUUAUCAACAAAAAUUAUUAUGUAAAAUUCCACUGUUAUCUCACUGGAUUGUCAAGUUAAAUAAGCAUUAAUAUCUCUAACUGUGUAAACAAUAUAAUUAACGUGAAUGAUAGCAUUCGAAGUGGGAACGCCGAAGUGUGAGGGCGCAUCUCCUGUGCUAAAACUAAAUAUUUUUGGGAGCGAAUUUCUUUUUUUGUUUACAAAAAUGCGGUGUUAUGGCUAGAGGCGCGGCCGUACCGCGUCUCGACUCGAACGGCGACUAAAAGUAACUGUCCCACCAGAUGUGUGUUGCCUGUGGAGCCGGCUGCACGUGCUUGCCGUAUUUACAAAAAUAUUCAGUGAUUUUUUCGCAUUGUGAACAGCUGAUUGUGUGAACUUUGUGUUAAAUUGUAUAAAGUGGUAGUCAGUUGUCCAGAACAGUCAGCUGGUUACAACUAACGAUUUCACCCUGCCCUCGACAAAUUUGAAAUGUUGCAAAUAUUUCAAGUUAUAAAACUUUAAUUAAUGUCAAGAAGGUACACGACGUUCACGGGACGAACGUGUGACAAUAUAGAAAGUGAUUUUUUCAAAAGUGUGAAAUCGAGGACUAGCCGGUCCUUGAUGUACUCGACAAGCUACAACCCUUGCGCCCUAACACUUUGUAUAUCGAAGAGACUUUGUCGCUAUUCUGCUAGAGAUCCAAGAUUAAGACACUGGUCAAGAGAACUAACCGUUUCUUCGACGUAGAAGAAUUUCCACUGAUUGGAUUACUAAUCCAAUUCUGGUAGUGUUCACGACGUCCAUUAGAGGACCGAAUUAGACAACCGAGUACGUACUUAGAACCGUACUUAAGAAGAGAUCGUUUUACAGACUAAUGGAAUCACAAAGAGCGUAUGCAAAUGGAAUUCCAGGUAAAGAUCCUUCUCUCAAGUAUGAACAUAAAGUACCGUCUGAAGAGGAGAAGACUACGUCUCCACUCCUUCAGAGAACGAAUGACUUCAAGUAUAUAGAUGGAGUGAAUGAUGAUAAAAAUGAAGCGAGAGAUGUGGGAAAGCCGAAAGAUGAUUUAGAUAUAGUGAAUUCUAUGAAAACGGAGCCUAACAAUGCUAGAGAUAACCACCUCUCUGUCGGUUAUCAUAAGGACAAGGGAAGUGAUGAUGAUGCUACAUCAACGAAUGAAGGUGUCAAGUUUUUCGGUCUUGGAGACACGGACAGUAUCUGUUCCAGUAAGCCACCGGCAGACCAGCCUCCGCAAAUACCAGAUGGCGGAUGGGGAUGGGUAGUCGUAGCCGCAUCAUUCCUCAUCGCCACGGUGGCUGAUGGAUUAGCUUUCUCCUAUGGUCUGAUGCACGACAAAUUCGUGAUUUUCUUCGAAACCAGUGAAGCCAAGACAUCGUUGAUUGGAAGUUUGUUUAUCUCCGUACCGUUGAUUGCUGGACCUAUAAUGAGUGCUUUAGUUGAUCGUUAUGGAUGCAGAAGUAUGACAAUAGUUGGCGGUAUAGCGUCGACUAUCGGUUUUGUUGCAGCUUCAUACAGUAAUUCAGUCGAAGUUCUAUAUGUAACUUAUGGUAUUAUGGCUGGUUUAGGAACUGGCUUAUUGUACGUAACUGCUGUAGUAUCAAUAGCUUAUUGGUUUGAGAAAAGACGUAAUUUGGCUGUUGGAUUAGGUUCCUGUGGAGUUGGAUUUGGUACUUUCAUUUAUUCUCCACUUACAACAUAUUUAUUAGAAGAAUUUGGAUGGAGAGGUACGUUGUUACUGUUAGCUGGUACUGUACUUAAUGUAUGCGUGUGUGGUGCUGUGAUGAGAGAUCCUGAAUGGUUGAUAAUGGAACAAAAGAAACAGAGAAAGUUGAAUAAGUCGAAGCGAGCUUCGAGUUCUAUGUCAAUAUCUGCGAAAUCUGGAGGUGGAGAAUCUGUAUACCCUGGCGUGGAGGAAUUAAAGACAUUGAUGAAGAGUGGUGAAACACCUGAAUAUAUACUCACGACGUUAGUGGCUUCGAUAGCCGAAGCUGAGGAUCUAGAAGCAGUGACAAAGAGGAAUGCUGAUAUGUCUCAUAAAGUUAGUUCUGUGAUAAACCUGCCAACGUUCUUGAGACAAAGUGAAAAGGUGCCUGCCGAAGUAUUAGACCAAUUAAUAUCAAAUAAAAAACUCUACAACAUUAUUCUACAAAAUUAUCCAUCAAUGCUAGCGCUAAGGAGUACAUCGGAACAGAAGUUGGACACCGAGCCGGCAGCAACAUCAAAGACAAAUAAACCGAUAAAGAUGUCGCUGAAACUGAAACUCAAUAAGAAAGAGAAAAAAGAUUUUGAGACGAAAUUGGACUUAGUUAGGGAGAAGUUAUUGCAGCCGAUACCGGAACACAAGCCUGCGGUGAUUGUACAGAGGGAUCGUCAAGACUGGUGGACUAGGCAGUUCGUUACUGAUCAUCACUAUUUGAGAGGCAUUCGAGUGCAUCGUAACUCUAUCAUGCAUCGUGGUGCUAUGAUGAACAUUGCCAAGUAUAAGCUGCGGGCUUCGUCAUGUCCUGAUAUCUACCGAAACUCCAUGUGGUCCGUUGAGGAGGAAAACACUUGGGGCAGACGUUUGCUGGACAUGAUCAAUAAGACUUUUGACUUCAAUAUGUUCACGGAGUUCCAUUUCCUGAUGAUGAAUUUGUCGACCUUAGUUUUGUUCAUCUGGUUCAUCGUGCCCUACUUCUAUAUUUCUAACUUUAUGUUGAUGAGCGGCUAUUCUGAGGCUCACGGAUCUUGGAUGUUGAGUGUGUUUGGUGUUGCCACUAUUAUUGGUAUCGUUGGACUGGGUUGGAUGGGUGAUUUGCCAUGGGUUAACGUAACAAAGACGUAUGCUGUGUGUCUAAUAUUUUGUGGUAUAACAAUUAUCCUAUUCCCCGUACUCAUUCGUGUGAUGGACCCCGAAGCUCCCUACAGUUUCUACAUACUAGCCCUGAACGCCGUUAUGUUCGGACUCAUGUUUUCCAGUUCGUACUCAUAUACGCCGAGUAUCUUGGUCGAGUUGAUAGCUCUGGAAAGAUUCACAAUGGCUUACGGAUUGGUGCUGCUGAGUCAGGGUAUUGGACAUCUUAUUGGACCGCCUAUGGCUGGUGCUCUUAGAGACGUUACCGGACACUGGGACGCAGCUUUCUACGUGGCUGGCUUGUGGGUCAUCAUUUCUGGUUUCUUAGUCGGCGUCAUACCAUACACGGAUAACUUCCGCAUUUGUGGGAACGCACCUUUAGCUAAGGACGUCGCUGGAGAACCGGACCCCGGAGUUAAAAUUAUCAUUGCCCAUUAAGAAAAAUAAUUAUUGUGUUUGAAAUGUAGGGUUGUCAUUUUUAUAUUAAUUUUAACCCAAAGUGUUGAAAAAAUUUACGAUUGAUUUUAUUGAUCACUUUUUUGUGUAUUAGUAAUUUUUUUGUGUGAAAUCGCGGUUUAUUAUUGUUUGUGGUAUCAAUAUUGGUAUGAUACAAAUGUAAAAGGAUAUUUCACGACAAGUAGGACAGUUACUCUGUCCUUUCUAUGAUCAUCAUAUUGUGCUUGUAUUUUCUUAGAUUUAUAUAAUUAUAUUAAAUCUGUUUCUGUAUGUAUUUAGAUAGAUAGUUACUUAAUCUUUUAUGAGUAAUAGUUAUAGUAAACCCUAUUAAAAUCGUACCUUGAUUAUGAAAGCGAGUGAAUAGUAAUAUUUGUAUGUAUUCAUCCUAAUAUAGUAUGCACUCAGGUUAUUUAUUAGUUGGCUUUAAAAAGUCUCCCAAGGAGAUAUAGUAUUCCUUUACUAUAGAGGUUAAAUACUGUGUGUGCCUUUAAAAUGUUUUCAUACUUUAGUUUUAGUUACGAAGCAUUAUAAAAUGCUUGAUUAUUUUUGUAUCCCAGGAAUAAAAAUAAAAGACCCUCUAGCUUAUUAUUUUAAUUAAAGUUUGUGUUUUUAGAAUAGUAUGUUUACGAUUUUAAAGUAUCUGAUGCAUUGUUUAUGAAACUUGCCAUUUUGGAACAUUAUCAAGGUAAAUCAAGAAUUUAAUUUCUACAUGAAAUUUUAAAAGUAUUUUAGAAAAUAAGUUUGUCUACUUACUUAGUACCUAUUUAAACUGUCUACGUAUAUAAUGUAUGAGAUAUAUGAAAUUAAACUUUGCUACUAAAAUAAUAACACGAGUUUCAA